AUGGGCAGCCUGUACUCGCUUCUGCCGCCUGCCGAGGACGGCAUCCUCCCCUAUUACCUGCUAGUGGUAUCGGUAGCGGCCAUUGGAAACGCAGUACAGAACCUCCUGACACUACACUACACCCGCCGCAUUUACAACGGCCUCUUCGUCCCCAGCGCUUCGUCUCGCACCAACCCCGACUCCGUGUCGAAGCUCCAGCCCGUCGUCGCCGCGCAGGACCUCAAGGACAAGCCCACCGCCGUCGAUCAGGUCACCCCGCUGGCCGCGCGCCUCUUCGGCGUCUACACGAUCCUCGCGGGCGUCAUUCGCGUCUACGGUGCCUACCGGGUGCACGACCCGGUGCUGUACCAGAUGUGCCUGUUCACCCACCUCCUGGCGGCGGCGCACUUCACGAGCGAGACCCUGAUAUUCAAGACGGUGAGCCUGGGGUGGGAGCACGCGUUCCCGUUCGCGGCCGCGUUCAGUGGGAGCUUGUGGAUGGGGCUGCAGUACGGGCAUUACGUGAAGGCGUGA